CCAGACACUGCAGAGGCUGUGGGGAUCCCUUCUCUGGCCUUGGGAGCAGCUGGGGGGAUCCUGAGAAGGUUUGGGGGUCCUUAGUGGGUGUGGGGGGCCGGAAAUGAGAGCAGCAUCCGUGGGGGUCUGGGAGGGGUCCCUGGCGGUUUUAGGGGGGUCCUUUGGGGGUGUCCGGGGGAUCCUGGGCAGGGGAAAGGGCCCAAACGGACCCCAGGGGAAUGCACGGUUCUCAUUAGCAUAGCCACGCCCAUAUAUUGCUCAUUAACAUGUCUCCACCCUCCUGGCGUCACGUGUCUUGCGGUCACAUGCCUCCCCCGCCCCACCGGUCGCGUCUCGCCCCGCCCCUCCCUGGUUCUGCCUUUUCCCAUUGGUCCACUCAGAUUUACUUGACCUGUAGCCCCCGCCCCGUGCUUUUCCCGCCCGGCGUUUCCGCUUCCGGCGCGGGGCUCCGCCCCCUCUGCCCCGCGCGGCGUCGCUGGAGGAAGAGGAGGAGGAAGAGGAGGAGGAAGAGGAAGAGCUGCGCCACAGGCGGGGGCGGAUGGGAACGCCCCCCCGCAGGAUGGCGGAAGGCUGGGCCGAGUGCCCGGCGCUGGGCCCGGGAUGGCAGCGCCGCGAAGCUUUUCGGAAAUCCGGGGCCACCAGCGGCCGCAGCGACACCUAUUACAGGAGCCCCACAGGGCAGAAGUUCCGCAGUAAGAUCGAGCUGCGGCGGUUCCUGGGCCCCGGGCACGACCUGAGCAACUUCGACUUCAAAUCGGGGCUGCAGCGACCUGGCCCCACCCGGACCAGGAAGAGCCCCAAGUGGCACCUGCCCUCCGGGCGCCUCCCAGAGCCCCCCAAAAUCUUCAAAAAGGAGGAGGCAGAGGUGGAGGUGGAGGUGGGCGGGGCUGAGACCGACAAGGCCCCACCCUCAUCAGUUCAGGCCCUGCCCAUCCCAAACCAGGCCCUGCCUCCUGCACAGGCCACGCCUCCUUCAAUCAAGGUAACGCCCUCUUCAUCUGUGGCCACGCCCCUUCCGGAGCCCCCCCAUCGCAGGACCCGGAAGCGGCCACCCCUGGAGCCCCCCCAGGAUGGGGUGAUGGCGCUUUGUGCUGGCUGCCAGAGCCUUUUCCCAGGGGUGUCCCUGCCCCCACAGCGCCGCUGCCGCUGGCUGUGCCCCGACUGCCGUGCCCAGAGACGAGACUUCAACCGUGAGCAGCGAUUCUACAAGCGGGUGGGCUGUGGCACGUGCCAGGCCUGUCUCAUCCCCGAGGACUGUGGCAUCUGCAGCGCCUGCGCCCGCAACCCCCCCGGGGGCCCCUCCGGGCCUGGCCGGACCCCCAAGUGCCUCCUGCGCCGCUGCUUGCGCAUCGUCAAGAAGGGCCUGGGCUGUGGCUCCUGCGCCGGCUGCCUGAGCACCGAGGACUGCGGCAGCUGCUGCAUCUGCCUGCGGCGCCUGCAGCCCGGCCUCAAGCGCCAGUGGCGCUGCCUGCGGCGCCGCUGCCUGCGCCCCAAGAAAGCCAGGGUGGCCAAGAAGCCGCAGAGCCCCCGGCCCCUGACCGAGAAGUGGAAGCCUCUCGUGGAGCGGGAGCCCAGCGACGCCUCCAGCACCAGGCACAGAAAGCUGCUGACCAAUGGCAAGGAGAAGAAGAAGCCGGGGCGACCCCCGAAGGCCCCUGGGCCCCGUGGGGUGAGUGACAGGUCUUAGCUCCGCCCCCUGUCUCUUAGUCCUGCCCCUCCACUGUGGCCCCGCCCCUUCCAGAGCAGCUAUUAUGGGCAGGGGAAGCCAUAAUGCCCUUAAUAUAGGGCCUGUAAAAGGGGGCAGUAUUGGGGUGCAAGUACUGUAAUGAUUCUAUGAGCUGUUCCAAGGCUGAAUUUUGGGGUUCAGCACAUUGAAACCCCACUGACAUUGAGGGGCCAGUACCAUAAUAACCCUAAUGCUGGAGCCAGAUUAUCGUGACACCCCAAAAACUGUUCAGAGCUGAUGGUGACCCUGGCUGUGGGGUUGGGGCAUUUUAAUGCCCCAAAUAAUGGGGUUCAGGUAGGUACCCCAAAAUGCCUCAGGGCAGAGUUUGGUUACCAUAAUCUAACAAUCGCUCCAGAUGUAGCAGGGCCCAAGGUACCAAUACUGGGGUGCAGAUACCGUAAUGCCUCAAAUAGCGGGGCUCAGAUACCGUAAUGCCUCUAAUAGCUGCUCCUACCAGAAUAUCCCCCUCAGCCUAACCCGCUGCUGCUGCCUGGCUGCCGUAAUACCCCUGAUACCGCCGCAUCUACCGUAACGCUCCUAGUAGCUGCUCCCAUACUAACACCGCACCAUCGGGAGGGCCCUGGGGACAGCUGGGGACCCGGGGG